UGAGGCUUAGCUGUCACCGGUAUCUCAUCACUUUGUAAAAGUAGAGGCUAAUCCCAUGAGAGUUAACAUCAGAUUGGUAAACAACAUUACAACUACAACAAUGAAACACGGUCUUGCUUGUCUGUGUCUCUUGGGAACUUUUCUUCGAGCCUUGGCUCAAUGCACUGCCCCAACCUCAGAGUUUCAACUGGAUGGAGAUUAUUUGAUAGGUGGACUUUUUGAUAUUCAUCACGCCAAAGCCUCUGUUCAUCAUGACAGACCAGAAUUUACUGACUGCUCCAGUAAACCCUUCAUUCUGUCAAGCUAUCGGAGGUUUCAGCUGAUGAGAUUCUCUGUAGAGGAAAUCAAUAACUCUACCAACCUACUCCCAAAUGUCUCUCUCGGCUAUGAAAUAUUUGACCACUGCUCAGAUACACAGAAUUUCCCAGGAAUUUUUAAUCUCAUCUCAGAGGAUGGCUUGAUCCAACCUUGGCGUGAACCACACAAGAAUCUGUCCAAACUGAUAGCAGUGGUCGGCACUUAUACAAGCACUGAGACACGGACUGUAGCCCCACUCUUCAUGAUGAAUCUCAUUCCCAUGGUUAGUUAUGGAGCUGCUAGUUCGAUUUUCUCAAGAAAACAGAAUUUCCCCUCUUUCUUAAGAACCGUGCAUCCCAAUAAAGACGUCAUAGAAGUGAUUGUAAAGAUUUUGCAGCACUUCAACUGGCGCUGGGUUGCUUUCCUUAACAUUGAUGAUGACUAUGGAAAUGAUGGACGGGAAUUGUUCAUAAAUAUGAUUAAGGACACUGAGAUCUGCCUGGCGUACACCAAAGCCCUCGAUUCUAAAACAGAUUAUACCCCAGUAUUCAAACAGAUACAGGCACAGAGGAUACGUAUUAUUAUUGUUUUUGCUCCUGAAUGGACUGCUGAAGCUCUCAUUAAGGCAGCAAUACAACUGAAAAUCAAAGACAAAGUGUGGAUAGCCGGAGAUGCAUGGUCCUUAAACAAGAAGCUCCCCAAGGAGAAAGCCACCAAAAGUAUCGGAACUGUACUUGGAGUUGCUGAGCCAGUAGUGACCAUACCUGGUUUCAGUGAUUUUAUCUAUUCUUCAAAAAGCCAGAAUCAUUGUGAAAAUGCAGAACAAGAGAGGUUUUGUAAUCAGGUUUGCAGCUGCAGUAACCUGAGUGCAGAAGAUAUCAUUGCUGCAGACCCAUCUUUCUCUUUUCCUGUUUAUUCUGCUGUAUAUGCCAUCGCUCAUGCCUUACACAAUACUUUGCAAUGCGGAUCUGGUGGAUGUAAUGGCAAUAUUACAGUGUACCCACACAUGGUUCUAGCACAGCUGAGGAAGUCAAACUUUACACUUCUAAACCGGAGUAUUGAGUUUGAUGAGAAUGGUGACCCCAAGCACGGAUCGUAUUCCAUAGUUUUCUGGAACCACAGUGGGGAUGCAGAGGAGGUCGGCUUUUAUAAUUUUCAUCCAUCUUUCCAUUUCUACAUCAACAACAGCAAAAUUCAGUGGUACACAAAGGGAGAAGUGCCUACUUCACAGUGUUCCCAAGAAUGUUCUGAAGGAUAUUCAAAAAUGUAUGAUGGAAUCCACAAAUGCUGCUUCAAAUGUGAAAUCUGUCCAAAUGGAACAUAUGUCAACAGUAUAGAGGAUCCCUACAAGUGCAUCAACUGUAAGGAGACAGAAUGGUCUGCAGAAGGAAGUACAUCAUGCAGUCUGCGGGUGGUGGAGUACAUCCCAUUCACAGACAGUGGGGCUAUAGUGAUCAUGGUCGGGGCCUGCACCUUGAUGGGUCUCACACUAGCCAUGUCCGUUCUCUUUGCCAUCAACUACAACACCCCUGUUGUCAGAUCUGCUGGGGGACCAAUGUGCUUCCUAAUUUUAGGUUGCCUCGGUCUGUGUAGUCUUAGUGUGUUCUUUUACUUUGGUAAACCAACAACUUCCUUUUGUAUCUUAAGGGUUUUGCCAUUUAUUUUGUUCUACACUGUUUGUCUGGCAUGUUUUGUGGUUCGCUCUUUCCAAAUUGUUUGCAUUUUCAAAAUAGCUGCCAAGUUCCACAAGAUCAACAGUUGGUGGAUGAAAUAUCAUGUACAAUGGCUGGUCAUCACUGUGGCAUUUCUUACUCAGGCACUCUUGCUUCUUAUUGCCUAUUCUUGUGUCCCACCCAAGCCCUACAAUGAGACAGUUUGGUACCCAGACAAAAUCAUACUUGGUUGUGACAUUAAUCUUAAAGCAUUGUCUGGUCCUUUGGUUUUACUUUUAUCUUUGUGCUCCCUUUGCUUCAUUUUCUCCUACAUGGGAAAAGACCUCCCAAAAAAUUACAAUGAGGCCAAAGCAAUAACCUUCUGCCUGCUCCUACUCAUCCUCACCUGGAUCAUCUUCUCCACUGUAUAUGUACUUUACCGUGGAAAGUACAUCCCAACACUGAAAGCUUUGGCAGUACUCUCCAGUCUUUACUCCUUUCUGUUGUUUUAUUUCCUCCCAAAAUGUUACAUCAUCAUUUUUCAAUCGUACAAAAACACACAGCAGUACUUCCAAAGUCUCAUUCAGAAUUAUACCAAAACAAUUAGCCAGUAGCAGCCUCUAGUGAAUAUCUAUUACUGUAUACAGAAGAACUGAUUAACUUUAGGCCUUCUGAAUACUACUCAAUGAAAGAAUAACAAUUUGGCUUUUUAGAGUAGAUGGUCAAAAAAAGUACAUAGUAGUUUCAAUCUUUGUCUCUGUUUUGUUGUAACCUAAUGUUGCAUGUUACAUAUAUUUCUGAUUGGUUAUUUUGUUGUUUUAAUGAGGGAUACAUUAACAAACAUCUUGAAAUUAGCUAUAACUAUAUACAACGAUUAACAUUUCAACAAGAGGCACCCAUAUUUUUGUUUCGAGGAUAGUUGAAACCUCUUAGUAUUAAUCAGAACCUCUGAGAAAAGCAAUGCUAUCAGCUCUGUGAGACUGUAAUUAUAAAACAGUACA